UUUCUUCUUCUUGGCCUUCGUUAAGGGUUGAUUUCACUUCAUUAGGGGUUAAUUGGUCGGCGCUAGUAUUAUUAUUAAAUAAAUUUUCAGGAAAAAUAUGAAAAAGGCUCUCGCUGUCACUAGGAUUGAUCUCUAGUCAUUUUUGUUGCACAAGUGGUUGUUGUGGGAAGUCUAAAAAACACUAGCGGUUCAGGGAAAGGGUUGACAUCCGGUCAAAUGGCGUCCAUUGCCAAAAGGCACUGUUGUCACAUUUUGUCCAUACAGUGUUUCAAUACUUCCAAUUGUUUACAUUUUUGCUAAACAAUUUCACGUGGCUCGCCAAAUAUUGGGCAUCGAGGUAACCAAUAACAUUGCGGUGGAAUAAACAAUGAGACGAUAAAUUGGGGAUCGAUAUUCCGGGAUAUAUCAGAGGAAAUACUUAGAUAACGAAGUAAGAGGUUCUAGUUGUUAAAUGGAGUGAGAAUAAGGACUGGAGGAUAAUUUUCAGCUUUAAAGAAUAACAUUUUCCUGACGAGAUGAUGGAAGUUGGAACCGACGAGGAGGCUCAGGCUGUCCUCCUGGAAGGGAUGGAAGGGACUCAGUACAUAACGAUCCAGAGGAGUGAUGGUGAGGCCCUUGGCAAGGGUGUACCCCUGCUCACCCUGAGCGGAGAGCUGAUAUCCGAGGGAAUGGUUGUCGACAUGAUAAAUGCUGGAGUUGCCAAUGAAUUCAACACAGGGACACAGUACUACGAGACAGAUGAUCUCCUUCCUCACGAGUUGACUGAAGAGGAUAAGAAGCUGGCAGCAGCCCUAGUGGCAGUCCAGCUGCAAGCUCAGCAUAAGCAACAGCAGAUUCACACUCAGAACCAGCACAACGAUCCAACACUUCCAGAUGUCUCUCAACUGGCCACCCUCGCCCCGGUCAACACUUACACCAUUCAAACGAUAUCCCAGCAAGAGCCACCGCCCGUUUACUCCAGCCUUCCCACUUACAAGCGAAUAAAUCAUAAUGUCAAACAGGAGUUUAUCAAUGUUAAGAGUGAAUACGACAUCGAUGUGUCUGCUGACAGCAGCGAGGAUGCAGCUCCAGCAUCUGGACAGAAGAGAUCGCUGCCCCAUAAGAAGAGAAUUGCCAGAAAGCUCAAGCAGCAGACGAAGAAAAAUUCCAGGAAGGAUGCUGGCAAGAAUAAUCAGGAGAACAUCAUCGUGGAGGUUAUUGAGGAGCCUCAGGCCUUCAAGUGUGAACUUUGUGGGAACAAAUUUGGGGGGCAGCUCAAGUUCUUUGAACAUCUCAAGACUCACUACGAGCCUGUGAAACAGGAGACUAGAGUAGCUCAAGCAACCAAUACAAAUAUAACGAUAGCGUCAACAGAGUCAAUUCAAAUCGAGGAUACAGUGAUUGAGGAGUUCAGCGAGCCUGAGGACCUCAUGGAGGGAAUCCGAGGAGUGGUGGAGGAGACUGGAGCUCACAUUGACGAAGAGACAGAGUCCUCGACACUGGUGACAAACAGCUCGAACCUCUGGGAUAUCUCCGACGUUACAGAAACCGUGCAAGAGUCCACAGCCAGAGAAAUUAAUGAACAAGACUCCCAGGACAAGUUCGAGGAGAAAUUGCCAGAGACUGCCAAGAAGAAAAAAUCCCAGAAGGGCAAGAAAUCCCAGAACGAAGAGAUGUCGUGUCCCCAGUGCGACAGAACUUUCCACCACAAGAACAGUCUUAUCUAUCAUAUGAGAUCGCACACUGGUGAGAGACCCCAUCAGUGCGAAGUAUGUGGAAAAAGUUUUUUUGCUGCUAGUGCACUGAAGGUCCACAAACGUCUUCACAGUGGAGACAAGCCGUACAAAUGCGAAGACUGUGGUCGUCAUUUUCGACAAUGGGGCGACCUGAAGUAUCACUCAAUGAGUAUUCACUCAGAGCAACGACAAUUCCAGUGCGAAUACUGCGGAAAAGAUUUUGCUCGAAAGUAUUCCCUCAUCGUUCAUCGUCGAAUUCACACUGGCGAGAAGAAUUAUCGUUGCGAAUACUGCAACAAAACAUUUCGAGCCAGCAGUUACCUGCAGAAUCAUCGCAGAAUACACACAGGGGAAAAGCCACAUCCCUGUACUGUUUGUGGUAAGCCUUUUAGAGUGAGAAGUGAUAUGAAACGACACAUGCAUACACACGACAGGGGACGACAGGAGAGGCUCGCCAGCAGGCUCGUCAGCAAAAAUUCCAAUGAAGGAGAUGACAAGGAGCUCAAUGCAUCGAAUGUUGUCAAGAGUCUUGAUGACACUAACAAGGCCCUCCACUCCUCGAUAAUCCAGGAUCUCGUGCAGGAGCUCAAACUCGAAGUCGAGCAGAAUAAUGUCGUAGAAAUUGUUCCACCUGAGGACAAUCCCGAGAGUAUUUUACCCCAUGGAGGGGGACAGGGCUCUCAGGUUGAACGCUUGUAUCCCGUUGGCGGUGGAAGUGAUGAUAAUCCUGAUAGAGAUCCCUUGGAAGCUGUCGAUAGAACAUCCGACACUUUGCAGUAUUUCUUCAUAUAAUCCAAGCAGCACCCUGGGUAUCAUCAGAACCCAAACUAGUAAAGCCCAUCAAGAAUGAAAAUAGUCAUUCGCGAUCGACUGAGCUACAAUUUUCUAAAUAAAUUUUCUAUCUUAAGAAAUACCAUUCUUACAAAAAAAAAAAUAUUAUCCCCAACAAUUGUAAAUACCUUGAUUACAAAAAAAAAAAUGAAGUCCUUCUAUAAACCGCAAUAACGUAGUAAAAUCUCACAAAAGAGAUUCCGUUAGUUCUCGUUUUUAUUUUAUCUUAAAACAAAACAAAAAAA